AUGUGGUCGCUGGUAGGAUGCGUGGCUCUACUUUACGCCUUGUGCGAUGUGAAUUACUUCAUCCGGACGUUCUGCAGCUUGUUGCACGUGAUGCUGGUGCCGGGGAGAAUCAAAGUUACGGACACACGAUCUACGGUGAGUUUCUGUACGACGCAGGACGUUGAUUUCCUGCUGAAUCACAUGAACAACGGGCGGUACCUGCGUGAGCUGGACUUUUGCCGAUUCUACUGGUACGGGCGGACGCGUUUCUGGCCGCUCACAAAUGCAAAGAACUUGCUGCAGGGCGAGUGUAUGGUGCGUUACCGACGCAUGUUGCCCAUCUUCAAGCCGUACAAGGUGGAAACGCAGCUCGUCUGGUGGGACCAACAGUCGAUCUUUUUCGAGCAUAAGUUCAUCACGCUGCAUGACGGAUUUGUCCGCACGGUGGCGUAUACGCGCCAACGCGCUAUCGGCACCGAUCUGCUCGAGUAUGUCAAGCAGUUCCCGGAGUGCCGGGACAGACCAACCCAACCAGCCGUGUUGAAGAGCUGGAUCGAAGCCAACGAAGCGAGCAGUCAGCAGUUACGGAAGUGAACCAAGCAGCACCUUCGUUCGCGCUUGGUACGUCUGUUUACGAUCGCACUUUCUUCGAUCUCUCUUUCGUUACCUCGAUCGCACGCGUAGUGUGUGCGUUGCGAUCGCGAUGAACGCACACCACCCUAUGGCCGACAGUGGACAGUGGAAAACGAUCAGCCAGUCAGCAGCAGGUUUUCAUCGUGGCAUAUCGAUCGCAUAAAGUGCUGAGCACCAUCGUAUAUCUAGUCGUUUCAAAACAGUACCCCUUGGCGUGUGCGUGUACCUUCGUAGUUAAAAGUUACGGUAAGCUUACGGGUAGCAUUUUUUCUUGUGUAUUAUCGUAUCGCCGUGAAAAGGGCUGUGCGGAUCUGCGUGCUUUGUAAGUUUCGUAUUGCAAAUCGAAGAACAGGGCAACCACUAAGUGUUAUGUCUGAAAUCCAAGCAACCCUUGACACGGAAGU